AACCCUUUCAUCCCUGAGCACCUCCUCGCAGCGGGGCGAUCCCAGGCUGUCAGGGCUUGUUGCCAGCUCCGUGUGUUGCCACCAGCCCCGAGAGAAUCGGGGAGGUGUCAGUGGAAAGUGCUGGUGGGCUCUUGUGGUGAUGGUGCGAGACAAGCGGGAGAUGUUUUCUAGUGGAGAUAUAGGAGCCCUAUAGAGCUAUAGGUGUGGCAGGGCACGUAGAGCUGAUCCCCGUGUGACUAUGCGUACAGACCAAGCGCCUGUUGUCCAGGUGUCGUGUGAGCUUGGGGAGGUCCCCAAGGUGCUGGAGUGGGUGCAGAGCCUGAGCAGCCCCCAUGGCCUCCCAGUCACCGAGGCCGAUGAUGACAACAACUCCAGAAAUAACAGCCCAACCCUGAAAUUAGGCUGUUGAGAAAAUCGAAGUGUUUCCCUUUCCCUCUCUGGGUCAGCGCCAGCGCACCAACCCGCAUGGGAUCCGGCUCUUCCAGGAGCAGCCCCAGCCUGGACGGCGUGGCCAAGGUUGAUCGUUUCCUGGCCAGCAGCAUCCCGGGGCGAAGAUGGCUCAGCCUGCACCCCUGAACCAGAACCUCCCAGACCUCGGGGGCCCGUUCUUGUACCGGGACCAGGACAACGGGGAGAAGAGCUCGUAUUCAGUGGAAACCCCCUACGGCUUCCUCCUGGACCUGGAUUUCCUGAAAUACGUCGAUGACAUCGAAAGUGGCCAAACGCUCAGGAAAGCGCCGCUGCCUCGCAGAGCGAAAGGGGCCCGGCAGCCGCCCAGCGCCCUGCGCAGCCCCAGCAGCCAUGCCAGCGCCUGGACCUCCACCGAGUCCCUGGCCUCCACAGCCAGCGAGGAGGGCAGGACCGCCCCGCUGCUGUCCCCACGCAGCCAGGCACCCCUGGAGCUCCCGAGCAAACCAACCUCCCACCCCGUCUCACCGUCGCCGCCAAUUCGGCUGCUCCCACCUCCCACCCGCAAGUGCCCGGUGCGAAACCCGCGGGUGGAGAACACCUUGCUGGAGACCAGCAGGAGGCUGGAGCAGGAGCAGGGCCGUUGGCAGGAUGCCGGUGCUCCCCCCCGCAGUGGCCCGCCAGGCACCCUGAGUCAGCUGCCCCCCUGGGUGCCAGUGGGUGCCGAGGGCCAGGCGGGCUGGGGACGGGCGAGCCCCAGCAGCUCGGGGCGCAGCACGCCGGCGGCAGGGCUCAGCGCUGCGCCGCUGCAGCACGUGCGGGAGCAGAUGGCCGCAGCCCUGCAGCAGCUCCGGGACCUGGAGGAGCAGGUGAAAACCAUCCCCCUCCUGGAGGCCCAGGUCUGCGAGCUGAAGAGGGAGAAAGCGAAGCUGAUGGCGAAGCUGUCGGUGGAGCCUGGCGAGGCUUUCGGCCACCCCCCUGGCUCCGAGGCGGCAGCAGGGAGCGAGGAGCCGCCCCGAGUGGGGCCUGAGAGCGAAGCGGAGCCGGCCAAGGGGCGAGCGAGCAAGGUCGCGGAGCUGAGGAAGCUGACAGAGAAGCUGUCUGUGCCGGAGCGGGGUGGCAGGGCUUGGCCGGGCAGGAGCCCCAGGGCUGCCGAGAGGCCGUGCCGCUCGGUGGCGGUGGGCGAGGACCGGGCCAUGACCGACGCCGUCUUCUACUACCGGUCGCAGCAGGAGGGCGGCGAUGUGCCCCGCGGCAAGGCGAGGGAGCGCAGGGACGCAGCUGUGUGGGUGCUGGAGUCCUCGCUGGGGCUGGCCAGCGAGACGGAGCGCGAGCUGGGGCUGCUGCAGCAGACGGUGGGGCACCAGAAGGAGGUGAUCGCCCUGAUGGAGGGGCACCUGUGGGAGGCCACGCGGGAGCUGGAGGAGCUGCGGCUGGAGGUGUGCGCCCGCCGGCCCCGCGGGCGGGUGGACAAGGAGGUGAUGGCCAAGCCACAGGUGGCCGAGGCACUGGUGGAGGCAGCAGUGGCCACGCAGAGCCGGGCAGCCGGUGACCCCCUGGAGACGAGAGAGGCGGGCGUGGAGUGCUACCCCCCAACCACCUGCGUCGGGGUGGGCUGCCGCCCCGUCGGGAGGGACGUGGCAGUCGGACCCGAUUCAGCUGCCGGGUGCGAAGACAAGGGCAGCCAGACCGAGGUGGGCAGCACCGUCCCGGCGGGCGGGGAGACGGAGCCCGGAGCGGGCAGUGCCCCGAGCAGCCCCGUGGCGCGGGACGCGGGAGCAAUGGCUGGGAUGUGCCAGGGCAGCCCGGGCCCCAGGGCAGCUGCGCCAGAGAGCACGCAGAGCGGCCAGGACCUGUCCCCAGCACGGGACAGCGGAGCUGCCCCAAGCCCUGCAGCCGGAGCCCUGAAGUCCAUCAUGAAGAAGCGGGAUGGUCCCCCCCGGAGCGAGCCUGAGGGCAGCAAGAAGAGCUUGCAGUUUGUGGGCGUGCUGAAUGGGGAGUACGAGAGCACAUCCAGCGAGGAGGAGGAGGAGGAGGAAGGAGACAGCUCCUCUGAGAAGGCUUCGGCCGACAGCUCCAACAGCGAGGAACAGGGAGACACUGAAACCUCAGAUGAGGAGGCUGGGGAAGGCGAGCAAGAGCCAGGACAGGAGCAUGAGGGGGCCAGCGUGGUCCUGCCAGAGCCCCCCGAGGUGAAGGAGAAGUUUGAGCUGAGCCCCAGAAUGCGGGAGGCCUGCCUCAUCGUCAAGACCCAUCUGGGCCACCCUGGUGCCACCAAGAGCAAAGAGGUGCUCACCAGCAGCAGCCUGGUCCUGCAGGAGUGGUUCCGUCUAUCCAGCCAGAAGCUGUCCAUCCCCGAGACGGUCGCCAACCACCUCCUGGCCUUUGCUGAGGUCUCGCCAGCUCUCCUGGCCCACGUGGUGAACCUGGCAGAUGGGAAUGGCAACACAGCCCUGCACUACAGCGUCUCCCACUCCAACUUCCACAUCGUGCAGCUGCUGCUGGACACAGAGGUCUGUAACGUGGACCACCAGAACAAAGCUGGGUACACAGCUCUCAUGCUGGCAGCGCUGGCGGCCGUUGAGCAGGAGGAUGACAUGAACGUGGUCAGGAGGCUCUUCAGCAUGGGAAAUGUCAAUGCCAAGGCCAGCCAGGCUGGCCAGACGGCACUGAUGCUGGCCGUCAGCCACGGCCGGCAGGAGAUGGUGGAGGCCCUGCUUGCCUGCGGAGCCGACGUGAACCUGCAGGACGAGGAGGGCUCGACGGCGCUGAUGUGCGCCUGCGAGCACGGCCGCGUGCAGACAGUGAAGCUGCUGCUGGCUCAGCCCACCUGCAACGUCGCCAUCGUGGACAGCGAUGGUAACAAUGCCGUCACCAUCGCACUGGAGGCUGGCCACAGCAACAUUGCUGUGCUCCUCUCCGCCCACCUCAAAGGCACAGCUGCCCCAGCAGACAUCGCUGACAGACACAAAGAGCCCUGGGAACAUGAAGAAACCAAAUUAGAGUGACCUUGGGAUCCAGCCAGGGGCCAGCCAGCCACCAUCACCACUGGGUUGUAAUUUAUGUCCCCCCGCCUGCCACCCCUUUGUGUGCUGAAUUGCUCUCUGCAGCUGCAGAUGCUUUAAUCCUCCUGUCAAUAGAGCAGGCACCAUCCCUGGGCCUCACUCGCCCAUCUCCACUGCUGGGAGCAAGAGGAGCCGAGCAUCAAGUGACCUCGGGGUGGGAAAUGCAGCAAGCAGAAGCCAGCCCCACCAGCCCUGCUCCCCGCCACAACCACUGGAGCGGCACCACCUCGGAGCCCUCUGCAAGUCGUUAACUCACUGAAGAGCAGAAAACAAGCCCAGCAGAAAUAGCACCUGGUUUCCACUAUCUCAGCCAGGUCCUGGCAGCUCUGGGAAGGCAGUGGGGCUGGUGACAAGGAGCAGGGCUGCGGGAGGGCGAGUGUCAGCUCAGGGACUCUGCUGUGCUGCACGGUGCUGGCGGGGAAGUGGUGCAUCCAGGCGCAUCCUGUGCAGUGACAGAAGAGGGGGACACAAACCAGCUGGUUAACGCUGCCUCAGGUGCAGGCUGGGAGCACUUUCAGACUGAAAUACUUGCCCUUCUUUUCUGGCAUUUCCUUUCCUGGCUGAAAUCUGAGAUUUUUUUCCUAGCACAUGCACACAAAGCAAAAAAAAAUUAUAUUGCUUAGUCAAAGGAUCAAGUUCAACAUGAAAUCACACAAUGAUUUUAUUUGCUCAGUGGAAGCAAAACUUCUGGGCACUCAGGACUGCAGCCAAGUUGACCGAAGCAGGCCAAGAGCCAUCAAUGCAUUUAGGGACUGAGAGUGCCCAGCUGGUAGCCCACAGGUAGCAGGGACCUUCUCCCAAGUGAAAGAUAGCAAUUACCUCCUAAAUAUUUUCCCAUUUAAAACAGUCUUAUAGCCACUCACUAUGAAGGCAACCAGAGCCCGCAACCAAGUCCCUCUUGGCCCACUUUCCUUUCCAAGGGGGAAUAGAGCAGUUGAGGAUAGCUCCAGGAGAGACCAGCAAGAAUUGCUCAGAGGGACUAGGGCCCACAGAGAUGGACACGUAUGUCAGAGGAUGUGUGUGUGUCUGCGAGUGUGAGAGACCCAGGCAGGGUGGGAACAGAGAAGGACUAAGGACCGGAAGGAAAAAGAAAAAGGCUUUUGCAUGUGAAGCCAGCUCCGCUUUGAAUCCUUCACAAAGGUAAUAUGCCACAGCCCCCAUUUCUGCUCCUCGGCCCAGCCUCCCCCACCCCAUCACUCCUGCCCUAGCCAGGCCUGGUCUGAGCCAUACUGCAAGCUGGGAAAUGCUCCCUAACAAACUUGUUCUGGGCAACGUGCCGCUGUCCUCACAGUGGGCCCAUUUCAGCUUUGCACUGAAGCUAAUAUACAAUGCUCACAGCCACUCUCUAGUAUACUCCUCUGUAUGUAUUCUGUACUCACUGCUUUGGUCUCACAGGUUUGUUUACUGAUAUUUUAAUACUGAUGUUUAUUUUGAAGAUAUGAAUAAAAUUUUAAGUAAAAUUA